CCGAAACAGUUGACGAACGGAGCUCGCAUAGCGAGCAUUAAUUUCGGGAAAACGCGCUCGCACACCAUUUCACACCGUCAAAUAUCGGAUUUUCUUGUUCCGCACAUAGGGAAGACAAUCCGGGGGAGGGGUGGAAAAGAAACAAAAGUCGUCGUCGAUCUUUGUCUCGCUUGCAUCGAGAGGGGGUGAAAUUUUCAAAAAAAAUUCAUGAACUAUAAAGUUGAGUGACCGUAAAAAAAAAGGGAAAAAUAUUUGUGGCUUUUUGGAUAUUAAAAAAAAUAUAUAAUUAAUUAAUUGUUGAAGAGCAACAGGGUGUCAUGGGAUAAUUGAACCUGGAUGGUAACUCUUACAACUGCGAGUGAACCAACAGAAACACGCGGUGGGCUAAACAAGUGAGGGAAAUCCCGAUCAAGCAUAAGAACCUAUAGGCUACAAGUACUAAAAUGCUCAUCAAUAACCACGGGAUAUCCUAAAAAAGGACAAAAUGCUCUCCUAGACCGUCUCUACAGGAUGCAGUUGGAUUUUUGGAAUAAAGAUACACCAUGGAAUAGAUCCAAGCACUCGUUCAACCAGCGGCAAAUGAAUCAAAAGGACAAAUUUUAUUGAUGAUAUUUUUUUUUACACAAUGAGAGUCAUCAGCACCACCUGAAAGCACCCUCAAGGGAACAGCAGACUCGUCGUAUGGAGACCAACAUUUCUCGAAUAGUGCUUGCAAAUGAUUCUUCUUACAAUGCUACUAUAGUUACUAACGCCUCUCGUUAUAAUUUGGUUGAAAGUAUUGCCAUGUGCCUUAUUUUGGGUGGAAUUAUUAUUACAACGAUCAUAGGUAACAUUCUAGUCUGCGUCUGUAUAUUUCUCGUGAGGAAACUUCGUCGUCCUUGCAACUAUCUCUUAGUUAGUUUAGCCGUCAGUGAUCUAUGUGUAGCCAUUUUAGUGAUGCCUAUGGCGUUAAUUUACGAAAUCAAAGGGAAAUGGAUAUUUGGAGAGAUCGCUUGUAACCUUUGGGUGAGCUUAGACGUCUUAAGCUGCACCUCCUCAAUCCUCAACCUGUGCAUGAUCUCCGUAGACCGUUACUACGCCAUCACCAAACCACUCGAGUACGGCGUAAAAAGAACUCCCCGUAGAAUGACAUUGUGGAUAGUGUUAGUGUGGUGUUUGGCGGCGAUGAUCUCGUUGCCGCCCCUUCUAAUAAUCGGAAACGAACACACCCUCCAAGAAGAGGGCGGCGAGAUCGUAAACGACGUGUGUUUAGUGUCGCAGGACAUCGUCUAUCAGAUCUACGCGACCAUGUUCAGUUUCUACAUUCCGUUGACGGUGAUGAUCACGGUUUAUUAUAAAAUAUUUAGGGCGGCCAGGAGGAUAGUGAACGAGGAGAGGAGGGCGCAAAGUCACCUGGAGCCCCACUGUUACUUGGAGAUUAGCGUGAAGAAUGGCGAGGGACCGCCCCAGAAUAAGAUUUCCAGUCAGUCGCCCGCGAACUCGUCCAAGGUGAAUCAUAGGUCCAGUUCGGCCAGUACCAAUACUGUGUGUAGCCUCGAUCCGACGGUGAACUUCAAGUCUCGGCACAGUAACGAGUCCCAGUGCCCCAUGCUCUCUUCGAUCAGCAAGCAAACGUCAAAGCUGAAACACCCCAAAGCCAGCAUCCUUUCGGCUGUGGUGAAAGCUUCACCAUCCACCAACUCCCAUCAGAAGAAGCUGCGCUUUCAACUAGCUAAAGAACGAAAAGCCAGCACCACCUUGGGCAUUAUUAUGAGCGCCUUCAUUUUCUGUUGGCUUCCUUUCUUCGUUCUUGCUCUCGUUAGACCGUUUUUAGAUGAGACCACUAGUGUUCUGAAUACUUUAAGUAGUCUUUUCCUCUGGCUAGGUUACGCGAACAGCUUAUUCAAUCCGAUAAUAUACGCGACCUUGAACCGGGACUUCCGUAAACCGUUCAAGGCCAUCCUGUACUUCCGGUGCGGUAGCCUGAACCACAUGAUGCGCGAAGACUUCUACCAUAGCCAAUACGGUGAUCCGGAUCAGGGAGGAGGUGGUGGUGGAGGUGGAGGUAUGCUGCACUCCGCUAGAUACCAAAUGGACUAUGAGGAGGGAGUCGAGUAUAUUGAGGCGGAGGGCGACCUCAAAGUAUCGGAGACUGAGGCGACUGCCCACGAAUCAUUUUUGUGAUUGGAGAGAAUUUCUGGAGUUGACGAGGUUCCUCCUACUAGGCCGCCUAUUAGGGACUAAAUAAUUUCCUACAUUAAUUUUUUUUGUAAACCUUACAACAAAAUCCUAUAAAUAUUUUAAAAAGUUUUAUACUUCUAAGGGUAAGACAAUCGACUUUUUUAGUGCUAAAUAUUGUAUAUAAUUCCUCAAAAUAAACACUUCUAGUCAGAUUAUAGUA